AUGGCGGGGCAGUACGAGGACGCCUUCAGCCCCCCCCGGCUGCAGUGCUGGACCGUGCCCCGCCCCCCCCCGAAGCUGCCGACCCCUCGCCCCCCGACCCCGUUCAUCGCCGACGAUCGGGGGCACCUCCUCCCGCACGUGCCGCGAUCCAAGGUGUCACCCUGGGGCACCUUCCUGGGCACGUGGGCGAUGCCAGCGCGGAUCCCCCCGGCCCGGCUGGACCGCAGCGCCCGCUCGCCCGGGGCCGCCGAGCGGCUGGAACGGGAACAGCCCCGGGAGCUGCGGAGGGCUUGUAACGGCAUCCGGACACGGGUCACCGGCAAGCUGCAGCAGCCCUGGCACACGGAACCUUCUGGAAAGGCCCAGGGGGGUCCCAACGGGGGCUCCGCCCACCCUGAGCCCCCCAAACUUGGGGACAGCGCUGAGGGGGGACCCUGUGCCCAAAACCCCUCUGAGGGAGGACCCUGUCCCCAAAACCCCCCUGAGCAGGGACCCCCCUGUCCCCUCAGCCCCUAUUUGGGGGGUCCCUGUCCCCAAAACCCCCCUGGGGAGGGACCCUGUCCCCUAAACCCCUAUGGUUGGGGACCCUCACCCCAAAAUCCCCCCGGUUCCUGAGCCCCCCCCGAGGUGGCUCUGCUGUCAUUGUCCCCUCCCUUGGGGACAA